AUGCCGUCAACGGACUCGAAACGCGAAAAGGCGAGAGAAGUCGUCGACAUCCUGGAAGAAAUCUCCAUGCUGUUGAACACACAGUUGGACCGGACACAAUUGUCUUUAUGUGUCUCCUUAAUUGAGAAUGGCGUCAAUCCAGAAGCCCUUGCUGUAGGUCAUAGUUGGAAGAUUGAAGGUCAAGAUGCUGACUUGACCAAAAGACUGCGAUCAAAGAACUACGACGAGAAACGCAAGACUUACAGCACCAAGAUGCUGCUGUAUCCGAGUGAUCCAGUCAUCCGGCGCCAAAGCGUUUUGUUGCACGCCAACAUGAUGUGCGAGUUCGACUAG